CGCUUCCUUGAUCAACCCCACCCAAACAGGAAGACCCUGUCCACAGAUGAUACAAAAUUAAACAAGACAUACAAUAAAAAGAAGAUUUAGGAUAAACAACCGCUUGUGUUUAAUUUUACGUAAGAAUUCGUUAUGGAUAUAACCCAUGUUGAACCUUUCCUUGAUUAACGAAGACCAUUGCGCUUCCCUGUGAUGCUUAUUUUGAAAGUCCUACCGGAUGUGGUGUUAUUUGUUAUGCCUGUCCUGAUAGUGUUGGUAUGAAAAGGCGUAGCUAGUAAACAUCACAGAAAGCCGAAAACCGUCAGCGGACAGUAGAGCCAGGAAACACCAACUUACUGAAUAUUUGACUCCGGUUCAAAUAACUCCUGUAGGUGUCAGUCGCUUUCCUGUUACCGUCCGUGGUUGUCAUAGUGACUGUCAGCGGCCAAUAACAGAAGACUGUCGGGGCGUUAGCCACCUAGCUAGCUAGCAUAGCCACCUAACCGUAGCAGUAACAGCCGCAGCUAGCAUUAGCUUCAGCCAAUAAAGAUGAUAGCGUUAAUCAACAAGCUGUUGGACUGGUUCAAGGCGCUCUUCUGGAAAGAAGAGAUGGAGCUGACCCUGGUGGGACUGCAGUACUCCGGGAAAACGACCUUCGUCAAUGUGAUAGCGUCUGGCCAGUUCAGUGAAGACAUGAUCCCCACAGUUGGCUUCAACAUGAGGAAGAUCACUAAGGGCAACGUCACCAUCAAGCUGUGGGACAUCGGUGGACAGCCUCGGUUCAGGAGCAUGUGGGAGCGUUACUGCCGAGGAGUCAGCGCGAUCGUCUACAUGGUGGAUGCAGCAGACCCAGAGAAGAUCGAAGCCUCCAAGAACGAACUCCACAACCUGCUUGACAAACCACAGCUGCAGGGGAUUCCUGUGUUGGUCCUGGGCAACAAGAGGGACCUGCCAGGAGCUCUGGAUGAGAAGGAGCUCAUAGAGAGGAUGAACCUGUCGGCCAUCCAGGACAGAGAGAUCUGCUGCUACUCCAUCUCCUGCAAGGAGAAAGACAACAUCGACAUCACUCUUCAGUGGUUGAUCCAACACUCCAGGACUAAGAGGAGUUCUUGAGAACAGACACGCCCCCCCAACAGAACAGGCUAUGCCCACCUGUCAUCACAAACACACACCCCAACUGCCGCCCCCUCCACCCCCACCCCAUCCUCGUGUUGACGCCUGCCGACCCUCAGCCCUACACCCGACGCACUGACACGUCCUUUCUGUAAAGUUACAAAGCGAACACGUUAGAACCCAAACUCGGCCUCCUGCAGUUUGUGUCGCGUUCUGGAGGUUGGAGUAACCACGGUUCACUGGUGCCGUUACUGAAGGUCUUCAUUGGACCAUCACGAGCUAAAACCUCCCGCAGAUUGUUUUUUGUUUUUCCCAGGAAACGAGUGCAGAUUUUGUCAGGAGCUCCCAGGAAAUUUCUCAGUUAUUGACCCUCAGCUUUAGUCGGUUCAUCGUCACAUCUCCCGCAGAAGUCUACGGCUCAGGAAUUUGUUUGUGCAGUAGUUAACGGAUCAUUUCACCCAAACCACAGGACAGGAACAGUGUAGAAAACUCCCUUAAAAAUAUCUGGGGUUUUCGAUAGCUUGCAGCAGAAAAGCGGUGUCAGUGCAUGUCCACAGACAGACACAACAGCCUCCAUGAUGUCUUUCAAACGCUGUGAAUCCCAAACAGUCGGCCAUUUUGGCUUCUCAUUCUCUGCAUAAAUUGUACAAAACAGAGGGAUUUCCUCUCCGUCCUAGUGGACCCAAAGACACAUUUAGCACUGCUAGCCGUUAGCUGGAGGCUGUUUUGUGGAUCUGUAUCCUUCCUCACGCUUUCCCAUGAUCCUCUCUCCGCCAGCCUCGCCUUCAUGGCGUCUUAGCCAGUAACCCACGUCUGCCUUCAUUGUUUCCUCCCUCCUUCCUUUCCUCCUCUGUUGAUUUUCAUUCCUCCCUUUCUUACCUCCAGCUCGUCCAUCCUCCAUUAUCUCACAUUUAUAACCUCCUCCCUCGUCCGCUGUGAACUGCUUGUCCUCCUCUCUAUUCCCUCUAGCUUUCUCAUUUUGUUUUUGGAUGUUCUCCUUCCUCGUCGCCAAGCCCGUCCCCCGUCCUCUCUCCGUCCUGCCGAGCGAGAGGGGUUAAAAUCUUUUUAUUGCACUGUUGAUUUUGGUUUUGUAAGAUAUUAAUAAUGAGAAUAAUGUUAAUAAUCUUCUUAUUGUGACAUAACCUUGUCUGGCCAGAUUUAAGGAAGUGGUACUUAAACUGGAGAGAGAUAAAUGUUACUCUUUCUGUUCAUAUCUCUGUAAUAAGCUUUUUAUUUCUUGUUUGUUUCAUAUUGUUAUUUUUUUAUUGUUUGACUCUGGAUGUGAGAGAGAGUCGUCUGCUCUGAGACAUCUGCUGAUUGGACCAGGGCUGUCAUGUGAUCAAAUGCUGUCGAUGCAAUGAAUCCGCAUCAGUUGACGCGCCCGCACAUUAAAUGUUUGUUUUAAAGUCUUUUUUUUUUUUUUUUUUUUUAAGUCCUUUUAUUUUUCUCACUAUUUAUGACCGCAGGUGUUAAAAUUAAUUUUGGAUUCGUUUUCAUCGUGAGAAAAUAAAAACUUAGAAACGUUUGUCCUCUCCUACGUUACGUCCUUCCUCACAAGAAUCUGAUUCUGCCGAAAAUGUUUGAAAAGAUGGCAGCAAGUGUACGGAGGCCUGUGGCUGCCAAUAUUAAACACGUGUUUGUGUGCAUGCUGUGUAACAGAAUUAAAAUGUUAAAAUGCAAUUAUGAUUUUAAUGUUCCUGUUCAGUGACAGGACUUUUCAGUGUGCGCUGAGCUGAGCUUUUCAUUUGAAUUUAAUCUCCAUCCUGGUUUGUAAUGAAAAUGAAAUCUAAAAUUUUUUCUUUCAAAUUCGUCAGUUUCAGGAAAAGAUGCAGAAAAACUCUGACAUUAUUAAGAGCUAAGAUCAGGACAUAAUUAAGAUCUAAACUUACAAAUUAAAUCUAAGCUUAGUUUCACACAUCUGUGUUAAGCUCAGGAUUGCACUGAAAAUACUUUAAAUCCUCAUUUUAAUCAUAAUAAUGUAUUUUCAAGUGACAAUUUUAAAAUUUCCUUGUCAGCGUCGUGCACACAAACGGAAACGAUCCCAUUUUAAUAUCGGCAGCCGCCGACGCCCACGGAGAACGGAGUUCAUCAUGACUGAUAGGAUCGUGUUUUGGUUUGUGCUGACUCUCAACGAGGCCUCACAAGGAAAUCCACCACAUCCGGUAAUUUGUUAGUUUGUGUUGUCAGCUGGUGCUCAGGUAGCUGCUGUUUACCGGCAGCUUCUGGUGCAUGUGAAGGAAUUUAUUUAGUUCUGCUGUUUUAAUGGGAUCAACAGAGUUUCAGAGCAGUCAGACUUAAAGCCAGCCAUUCCAGUUCAGUGUUGAAACAAAGAGAUGCGACAAAAGCAAAGCAGAGCAAGUAUUGACGUUGAGUUUUGAUAGUUUUGAUAGUUGUGAUGAUGUAAAGUAGUUAUGCUUGUUAGGUCCUGGUUAUUGGCCAAAAUAUUCUAACCUGUGAUAUAAUGAAGAGAAUUUAAUGGAAACUGGAUCACACCAUCAUGAGUCACUAAACACUCGCUUUAUAUGAAGAUCCUCAUUAGCCUCAUGCUCAUGUCCUUCUGUUGGUUCAUAUGUCAUUUCUGACACGUCCUGGUCCUGACAGCAGCCAGUCAGAGUGCAGAACUAACAGGAAAAGGUGCGAACACAACCUGUGCUGUGGUCACUUUGUUUACGCUUGGUCAGACUGUCAGCUGCUUGUGUGGGAGAUGAAUUCUGCUUUUCACUGUCGGGCCAAACUCGGUCCGUCUGGGUCAUAAGACCUAAUAAGAAUGGUUUACUUUUCAACGAGUAUCCCAGCAUGCAUCUCACAUCAACUAGCAGUGAUGGCACAUCAUGUAACUCCAACCCAGAGCUUUCGCACUGUAGAAGAGGUUGGAUCAACAAAAUAACACCCUCUUGAUUUGCUAAAACAUUUUUUGGCAACGUGAGUACGUGUAACCACAUCCAGGUGCGUCGAAGUGAACCACCUGAGCUGGGCUGGAAGUCUGGGAAUGCUGUCCCAGUUACCGACGGAGCGUUUCAAAAGAUCAAAUUUCCUACAAACUCUCAAAGAUGCAGCACAGAUUUUAGAUUGGCAAUCAGUCGGUUUGUUUAUCUGGAUGCAGACGUGUCCACAGCAAACACCUGCAAUGAGCAUGAAGCGAACCGCCUUCGGCCUGACGGCGAAAAGCAGCGAGUUCCUCCCAUUUGAAGGAAUUCAGAGUUAAUCAUUUUCUCUGAUGAACCGCCGCACAACAACAAACACAACUCCCACCAGCUGGACACAUCGAGUGAGGCUCAGUUUGUCCUCCAGUUUUCAGGCUCUGCUGUUCUCUGAACCAGCAGCUGGUCCACUUGAAACUCAUCACAGUGACUGCCAGUGACUCACGCUGUCAUACAGACCACAUCACAGAGGAGUUUCCAUUCGAAAUCCUGUAAACACUACAAACACGUCUGCAGUCAGAAAUGGUCCCUGCUUCCACAUUUAUUUGUUAGUCAGAUCCAAAAAAAUGGGAUCAUCCUUGAAAGCAAAUGGACAGAUUGUUCCCACAGAGCUGACCUGUGUGCUAAACUGUGAGACUCACCUGCCUGCCAGGUGAUACAGCAGAAAAUUGGCUUCAUGUGACAGCUGUGCGGGUUUUCUGUCCUCGUCCGUCAAGUGGAAACAUCCCUGCAGCUCUGGUUUCUUGUGUUUGCAUGCUGAGGGCAGGGAUCGUGUAUCCGCUGGACCCGAUCAACUAAAUGGUUCUUUUGAGAGGCCUUAAUCCAGUGUGUCUCCCUGAGUGUUAACCUGCAGAACAGUGCUGUAAGUACACAACAUGAAAUGUACUAAAACCAGUGCAAUAAACCUCAAAGUGUCCAUGUUGAGCUUUUUACAUGCUUCUUUACCACAUAGUGACAGUGUGCUUACAGAACUUUUCUGACAGAUGAACGUGCUGGAAUACGGUUGUUGUUGUGUAAAGUUCGACCAGGUUUAUUUAAUGGCAAAUAUUGAAAUGGCAUCCUCUGAUCCUGCAUGUACAAACUGAAACUGAGCAGGAUGUGAUGUGCAGCCUGGCACGAUUACAAAGUCGGUUACAAAAUCGUCAAAAGCUCCGUAGAGUUUGUGCCAAAAUGGGACAAAAUCCAGACAGAACAACUGGCAUCACAAGACAGCGUUGAAGCCAAUGAAACGAGUCCUGUGAAAAGAUCAAUAAUCAAGAUACGAUGAACAGCACAGUGUAAAACUGAAACCUUGAAAACACGAAAGCUGUUCCUGAGCUUUUAACCGAAUCUCACGGUCUUCAUCGGGGAACUGGAAGCAGUCAAACACCGCCAGUCAAAAACACACAUUUCUUCUUCCCUGUGGUGCUGAUUAUCCAUUUAGAUAGUUUUGGUCUGAGUUUUGGAGAUGCCUGCUUUCUCUUCAGUAUGAGGGAACAAGAUGACACUUCACAAAACGACAAACAAAAAUUAGAGAAACUCAACAGCAAUUUUUUCUGAAAAGAGACGUUGCAGUUGAGGUCUCUACAGCCGAUAUCUCCAAAACAUGUUUCGUGUUUGUGCAUGCAGGGUGCGAGCGUCUGUCGGUCUGAAUCUGUUUGUACAUUUCUGUUUGAUUCAGUUCAUAUAUGAUGUGUUUUAAUAGAAACAUGCUUGUGUAUGAUACUAAUUAAAAGCUAAGGAGAAACAACA